UUCAAGUCAUGCUAUAUAUAUGUAUACAGUUUACAACUUAUAUAUAGCUAAGUUAAAUUUUAUAGUAAACAAUUGUAAAACAACAAAUUAACUCAGUGGAUUUGUUUAAAAAAUGGAUGAACAGCCAGCUAAAAAGUUAUGUAGCGUCAAAGAUGAUAAAUCCAAAAAAAUUAAAAGUGCAAGUGAAAAAAUAAGUUCUAAAAUUCAAGAUCUAACCUAUGAUGUUCUCAGGAUUAUUUUCAAUUUUUUAAAUGGAAAAGACUUGUCAGCUGCAGCAAUGGUUUGCAGAUGCUGGCGUGACGCGGCAAUAAGCGAAUUUAAAACAAGAGGCCCCGAAUAUUUAUGUAAAUCUUUAGAAAAAAAUAAUGCUCCUUGUGAUAAUUAUUUGGACAAAAGUAUUGCUAAGAAUUUACGAAUAAAACCAAUGUUGGGACUUAUAUUUACCGGCGAUGUGGAAAAUAGAUUAUUUGAUUCUAUGAAAGGUCACGUUGCAGAUUGUUAUUGUUCUCAAUUACCAACAUCAUGUGAAACUGUUAUGUUACGUACUUGUGAUACAAUAUCCAGUGAUCUCGUCUUAAGCAAAAAUGACGCUGUUUGUGUAUUUUUUCCAACUAUUUCCAAAGUUAAAGUCAAUACUUUCUCGCUGGACGAUUUAAAUAAAUUGGAAAAGGACAAAGUUCUCGAUUGGAUACAUAGUUGCUCGGAUUUUGGUAGUAAUGAAAAAUCUAAAUGCAUAAUGGUAUUCUCUGACUGUGAUGGUUAUAAACAUGCGAUAAAAAUGUUGAGAACAAUUAAAUGCAAAUAUCCUAAACAAAAAUUAUCUCUAAUUGGCGGUAUUGUUAAAGAUAUUGUUUAUUGUAAGCGUACAACUGAUAUGGAAUUUUGUAAAAAAUCUUCAACUGUAACAGUAGUGACAUUAUCGGGUCCAGGAAUUCAUACAUGGUCUGUAAUUAUGCCAAAAAAAUGUUACGAUGAGAUGGAAAUUGAGGAAAAACUCAAAGUUCUCCGUGAGAAUAUACAAUUGAAAAAGUUUACAAUGGGUUUUAUAUUUUCUUGUGUUGCACGUCUUGAAAAUAAAAAAAUGGAAACACGAGUAUUUAAGAAGAUUUUUCCCGAGAUUCCACUUGCCGGUGGUUUUGGAGAUGGUGAAUUUGGUGAAAAUACGAUACAAACUUUAUCACCGAAAAAAGGCAAAGCAUCACGAUCUUAUGAAUUUUCAACAGUAUUCAUGAUUUUAACAUACGGUUAAUUGUUGUUGAAAUAAAUUGUAAUUAAAAAUUUUCUAUUUGCAAAGAAGAAAACUACGAAAUUUGUAAUAAUUUACGAAACAUAAAUAUAUAUUAUAAUGUUAUUAUUAUAAUUUUUAUAUACGAAUUAUCUCAAAAUUGGAGACUCGUCUUUCAAAUUAUUAGCUAUAAGUUUCUCGUGACGUACGAAUUAAGAUAGAUUUAAAUAUUAUACAAGAACUGAUAAUUUUGUAUUAUAAUCUUUUAAUAUAUAUAUAUAUAUAUAUAUAUA